AUGACAAAGAAAAUGAUAAAGAUGCAUUAUGAAGCUACUGGUCAUCUAUUUGUAAAAACUCGUGCGUUUGACAUAGCGAGGGAACUGAUGGACAAUAACGGGUAUGUCAUCAUCAAGGGUGACCCUGGAACUGGAAAAACCACAAUCGCCAAGAUGUUAAUGAAAGAAUUGAUGAAUGAUGGAAAAUCUCCUCUUCAGCUUUACAAGUUCACAGAUUUGUACGGAAGCAUAUUACCGGGUGAUGGAAUAGUGGUAUUUAUUGACAAUUUAUUUGGAGAAUUUUCUUUGUCUAGCGAUGAUGUUCAAGAAUUUAAAGCUAUAGCCGAGAUGGUAAUAGUGUUGAUUGAAAGUGACAAUAGUAAUAAAUCAAACAGAUUGAUAUUAGCGCUAAGAAAUGAUAUAUAUCAGGAAUAUGUACAGAACGAUUGUGAUGACGAUUUUUUCAAGUCGUCCCUGGUUGAUUUAUCAAGCAAGAAAAAUGCAUUGCUUAAGGAAGAGAUCCUACAGCUAUCAGAAAAAUAUGAGCUAUCUAAAUACAUAGAAGACAGAGAACUUAUCAAUAAGGUAUAUAGAAUGCCAUUAUCUAUAGGUUUUCCACAGUGUUGUAAAUUGGCAAGAAGCAAUGCAGCUAUUAAACAAAAUGUAUCUGCCUUUUUACCAAAUCCAAUGAUGUUUUUGAAAGACUACAUUAAAACUUUAAUGAAAAAUCGAACUGCAAAAACCGCUGUUUUAGUGUAUCUUCUUCUGAGUGGAGGAAACGUAGAAUUCGAAUUGAUUGAUAACCCUCACCUGGAUUUGGAGAUGAAACGCGCCUCUUUAGAAUUUGUAGGUCUACAAAACUCAUAUAUUAACCAUUUUCAGGAGAGCAUUAAUUGUUUUGAGGGGUUUUUAAUUAUUCAUGACACUAUAGAAAAUACAUAUGAAUUUUCCCAUAGUUCAGUACAGGAAUCUCUUUUCAGUGUCUUGUUUAAUUUUGAUCCUGAAAAAGUUAUCCAAAUGUGUCAUCCGUCCUUACUUCUGACACUGACGACAUUUAAAAAGCCUAACAGCACACAAAUUUUCAUAGGACAAAGAUUAUUCAAAUAUGUGGCAUGUCGCAUUGCAAAUAUCAUUGCAGAAAGGUCUGUGAUUGGGCAUUCUUCCAUAUCGUCACUGAAAUUAUGGGAUGAUUCAAACUUCCAUGAGCACGUAAUACAAACUGAACUAUGCACUUCGAUAUUUAAAACAUGUCGUGAUAUUAAGGGAGAUUCAAUGAUUGUGCAUUUUUCGAAGGCGGGAAAUAAGCGAUGGGUUGAAUAUUUACUACCGAGUUCAGAAAAAAGACUAAGAUAUAGAUCACUUAACGCCGCUUGCUCAAAAAAUCUACCCGAAAUUGUUCAUCUCAUUUUGUCAUCGGAUGUGCAAUGUGAUCUUGAAACGUGUUUUUAUGCUGUGCAAAGUGGCAAUAUAGAGUUAUUGCUCCGAGUUUGUGAGUUUGUUGAUCUUCAUCAAAUUUCAACUUCCUUGCAUCCAGUCUGGUCUAAUAUAAGACAAACGCAAUUAAUUGAACAAGUUCUGGCAAAAUACCCAUUCCUUGUAGAUAUAAAGGACAGCCAGGGUUCCGAUGCAUUACAGUCCGCAGCAAGUUCUGGGGACAAACGUGCAUUUAAUCUUCUGUUAAAGUUUGGCUUUGAUCCGUAUGAAAAAGAUGGAGACAAUGGCCACACUGUUCUUACUUGUGCUUGUCAGAAUGGAAGGCUAAAUAUGGUCAAAUACCUUAUUGAGAUAUAUCCUGCAUCACUCCAGGUGCACACAGAUAUUCAUGGAAAAAGUCUUUUGCAUUGGGCAGCUUUCAGUGGGAAAAUAGAUAUGUUUGAAUGUAUGCUUAACCUCUUGGAGAAUAAAAAUUUAUUACAUGUAUCAAGUGACAAUAAACCCAAGGUAAAUAAAAAAGAUAAUUUAGGUCAAUCUAUCCUGCACAUUGCAUGUAAAAAUGGUCAUUAUGAUAUGUGUGAAUAUCUGUUGAGCAGAUAUCCUCAGUUACUGGAUGUAUGUGAUAAUAAUGGGGACAAUGUGCUCCACUACGCAGCUCGAGGAAGCAACGUAGAUCUUUUCAAUUUACUAUCAAGUUCAGGAUUAAAUGUCAAUUAUAAAACAAAUAAAGGGUGGACUGUGUUACAUAUGUGUUGUGCAAUGGGUAGCGAGGAAAUGUGUAGGUAUCUUGUAAAUAUGUAUCCUUGUUUAAUAUCUGUUAGAGAUAAUAACGGAUGGACAGUGUUACAUUCAGCUUGCAGAGGAGGAAGUGUUGAAAUUGUUGCUUUUCUUAUAAAAAAAGGAUUGGAAUUAAAUGCCUUGUCAAAUGAUGGUAAAAGUAUUCUGCAUAUUGCUUGUCUCAGUGGGAAGUUUGAAAUUUGUGAGUACUUAGUUGAGAAUCAUUCCAAUCUAUUAGAUGUCAGGGACAGGUUUAGUAACUCAGUGUUGCAUGAUGCAGCCAGGGGAGGUAAUAUUCAAAUAGUAAAACUAUUGAUUGAGAAAGGGAUGGACAUCAAUACCCUACAGAAAGAUGGUGAAACAAUUUUACAUCAAAGCUGUCGAUCAGGUAAAAUGGAGAUGUGUAGAUAUUUGGUCAAUCAUUCUUCAGAUUUAUUGGAGAUAAGAGACAAUAACGGAUGGACAGUGUUACAUUCAGCUUGCAGAGGAGGAAGAAUAGAAAUUGUUUCUUUCCUAAUACAAAAAGGAUUAGACUUAAAUACCUUGUCAAAUGAUGGAAAAAGUAUUCUGCAUAUUACUUGUCUCAAUGGGAUGAUUGAAAUUUGUGAGUACUUAGUUGAGAACUAUCCCCAUCUAUUAGAUGUCAGGGACAGAUUAAGUAACUCAGUGUUGCAUGAUGCAGCCUGGGGAGGAAGUGUUCAAACAGCAAAACUAUUGGUUGAGAAAAAGAUGGAAAUCAAUACCCUACAGGAAGAUGGUGAAACAAUUUUACAUCAAUGCUGCCGCUCGGGUAAUAUGGAAAUGUGUAAGUAUUUGGUCAAUCAUUUUUCAGAUUUACUGAAGGUAAGAGACUUUAACGGAUGGACAGUGUUACAUUCAGCUUGA